AUGGGCGAUAGGGAGAGCAGCGCCGACGCCGCCCUGCGCGUGCUCGUUCUACGACGCGAUCCUGUCUUCGGGUCCGCCUCCGCCUGCUGCUCCACCCGCAGCCUGUUUUUCGGCUCCGGCCCCGGGGCCGAGAUCGUCAUCCCAGGGUCGAAGAGCAUCACGAACCGCGCGAUCGUCCUGGCCGCCCUCGGCGACGGGGUGGUGACGCUGAAGGGGUCCUUGUGGAGCGAGGACACCGAGGCCAUGACGGAGUGCAUGCACAAGCUGGGCAUCAAGGUGGAAGUUGCCCCGGACCCCGACGUCGAGGCGAACCGCACCAUCACGGUCCACGGCUGCGGGGGCAAGGUCCCCGCCGGCGGCACCGAGGAGCAGCCCCUGGAGCUCUUCGUCGCCAACGCAGGCACGGCCGCCCGCUUCCUGACCGCCAUGGUCUGCCUCGGCGCCGGCGGCGUCUACCGCCUCAGCGGCGUGCCCCGCAUGCACGAGCGCCCGCAGCAGGAGUUGGUGCGCGCGCUGCGCGCCCUCGGCUACCGGGUCGACACCCCGAACGACAAGCUGCCGGCGCUGGUGCACGGCGGCGGCGCCAGGCCGGGGCCCGUGACCGUGAGCGUCGCGGACACUCCCAGUUCGCCAGCGCGCUGCUGCUGUCCGCGCGCCGGGGCGGCUGGGAGGUCUCCACCCCGGAGGGCUCGAACCCCGACGAGCUCCCCUACGUGGAGAUGA